CACUCACGCACACUUUGUACCAGCGCUUGCAAGAGUACGGACGUGUGUCGCUGCUCGCGCUCGCUACUCGUCGGUCCGAUCUUGGGAAAAGGAUUCUCUGUUCCGCCGUUUUCCAACCAGUUCGGUUUCGCGCGUUGAACGUCGAGUUUCCCUGAAAGUGUUGACGGAACUUUCUUAAAUUAAAUUAGCAACAACAGCAAAGUGAAUGUGAGUGUGUGUGUGCAGUGAGUGCGUACGUGCGUGCGUGUGUGUGUGCAACUACCCUCCCUUUUCGGAUGAAAGGAAGUCCUCGGAAAAGAAAUCGUAAAUAGCAUCAACAUCGAUAAAAAACAAGCUGCUUCAAAGCUGCCCACCAUCGCAGACAUCCGGACAACCCAUCCUUAAUAAGACACGAAGCCGCCCUUGCUUGCUUCCGACGCAUCGAUCGGGCGAAUCCGUUGGUCCGUACACAAUCUGGGCAACGGACGAUGCCCGGGAACGUUUAAUUGAUUGAUUAAAAACGGAUAAGGAUCGGUCGGAAAAUAAGGAAAUCGCCAUUCAACGGGAGCAUUAAAACGGAACCGGCGAUUGUGUGUGUGUGUGCUUGUGCUGGGCGUAACUGGUUUAUAGUCGUCGUGCGGUCCAGCUACGGAAGGCAAACGAAGGAACGCCCGCCUUAUCAGCGCCCGAGCUGCUCGGGGAAAGAAAUAUUAAAAGUGGCUGUGAGCGGACAUCCUUGUUGGCAACACCCGGCACUAGCCUCAAAUUUGUGUGAUUUUUUAUCGAGUCCGAGCGUUCGGGGUCGCAGUUUGGCUGGAGAGGCAGUGAAGCGAGAUCGACACGAUAAAUCAGCCCAGCGCAGGUACACUUGAGAAUCGCCUUCAGUCAAAGCGGUAGAAGAAGGUCAUCGAGAACCGAGAGCCACGGUGGGAUGAAAUUAAUAAUAAUUAUGUUUUAAUUAAAUCAUCUUGAUUAUCCCUACGAACUAGGGGAGUGGGGAGCGCACCGUGGCUCAAACCUGGUGUAAGGCUGCGUGGUACAGAUUUCUUGGAAUGGAACGGACCCGGCGUUGAGCCGAGCGUUCGGAAGGGCCUUCGACCACAUUCCCUCAUCCGUGUUAGCCUUAUUGGAUGACUAGUUAUCCCAGUUCCUGGAAGGAAUCUUUACCGACAGGACAACCAUCGUACGGCGGAGCACUAUGAUCUAAGCCGGAGUCUCUCGUAACAGCGGUCCGUUGUCGGGAGCUUGUGUAGUGUCGGAAAGCUGUACUCAGCUGCUAUCACGCGAACGAUUACUCUGCUCUGAUCUAAAUAAUUCUCUGUCGGGUCUUGAUGCCGGUGCGAGAACUCGUCGUCGUCGUCGUCGUCUGUUCGUGGCUUGUAACGCUGGCGAGUUGUGGCUUGCUGGAGGACGGUGUAAUUGGUUUCGAUAUAUUAACCUAGACGAGCAAGAAUUUUUGCCUCAAAAUGACUAUAGAGACUGCGCUGCAAAGCGGACGGAAAUCGGUUAGGAAGGGAGGCGAACGAGCACGGAAACAACACAAUGCACCCUGGUCUCGGGCAGCUAGAGUCGAGCUCCAGGCUCGAGCAGAAUUUCUGAGCUACCGAUCAAACGAUCAAAUCGCGGCCGAUCGCAACAGUGAAAGUGAAAGUUUGCACCAGCACGAGUGCCAAUGGCUUCCGACAGAACCCGAUCUAGACUCCUCCGCCUGUGGCAGUGAUAGUGACAGGAGUAGUUGUCCGAGCGUCGGGUUACACUCGCGGCGCCACCGAUGGCAUGUACAGUCGCGGCACCAGCAGCAGCAGCAGCAUCACCUUCAUCCUCGAGCCUCUCCGUGGAGUCGCAUCAUCCAGUUUCAAUUAGUGCUAGUGUUAUCGUUAGUUUUAGUAUUCAGCGGUAUCAAUUCCGCGGUUAACUGUGAUGAAAAUGUAACGAUCGGUGGUGGAAGUGGUAGUGCCGUCGUUGGUGGAAGCGGGGAUGUUAACCAGGGGAUUCGGUUAGGCGUGUCGGCCAUCUUCGGCAACAGCAGCAGCAACAGUGACGAACAGGGGGGCGGUGUGUUACGCGUAAACGAAAUCGACGAGAUUCUAGACGGUGCACGUCACUUCACACAUCACUGGGCCGUGCACAUACCGGACGGAGAUCAGCAAGGUCUGGCCGACCGGGUCGCUGCCGAGCACGGUUUCAUCAAUCGUGGCAAGAUUUUUCACGAACACUACCACUUCGAGCACAGUCGACUGCACAAACGCUCGCUCAAUCCCUCCAAACCUCACCAGCAACGGCUGGAAUCGGACCGGCGAGUUCGGUGGGCGAAACAGCAGCGGGCGAAAUCGCGCCAGAAGCGUGACUUCCGGCCGCUCACGAAAGCGUACCAACUGCCCAUCCAGCUGAACGAUCCAAAAUGGCCCGAAAUGUGGUACUUGAAUCGUGGCAACGGGCUGGACAUGAAUGUGAUCCCGGCGUGGAAGGAAGGCGUCACGGGGAAAGGUGUCGUGGUAACGAUUCUAGACGAUGGGCUGGAAUCGGAUCAUCCCGAUCUGGAGCAUAACUAUGAUCCAUACGCGUCGUACGAUGUCAAUAGCUCGGACAACGAUCCGAUGCCCCAUUACGAUCUGACCGACUCGAACCGGCACGGUACGCGGUGCGCCGGGGAGGUGGCGGCCACCGCCAACAAUUCCAAAUGUGCCGUCGGAAUUGCGUACGGUGCGAAGGUCGGCGGUGUGCGCAUGCUGGACGGUGACGUGACCGACAUUGUGGAGGCCCGCUCGCUCGGCCACAACUCGCAGCACAUCGACAUCUACAGCGCGUCCUGGGGCCCGGACGAUGACGGGAAAACGGUGGACGGGCCGGGCGAGCUGGCGACGCGCGCCUUCAUCGAGGGUGUGCGGAAUGGGCGCGGCGGCAAGGGUUCCAUAUUUAUCUGGGCCUCCGGGAAUGGUGGUCGCGAGCAUGACAACUGCAACUGUGAUGGCUACACCAACUCCAUCUGGACGCUCUCGAUAUCGUCCACCUCGCAGGAGGGUCAGGUGCCUUGGUUCUCGGAAAUGUGUAGCUCCACGCUCGCAACGACGUACAGCAGUGGCAACACGAACGAAAAGCAGGUGAUCACAACGGAUCUUCAUCAUACGUGUACGUCGUCGCAUACGGGCACCUCGGCAUCGGCACCGCUGGCGGCCGGCAUUGCGGCGCUCGUGCUGGAAGCCAACCGUAAUCUAACCUGGCGUGAUCUACAACAUAUCGUCGUCAGAACGGCGAAACCGGCCAACCUAAUCGAUCCGAACUGGUCCGUAAACGGUGUCGGUCGGCGGGUGUCCCAUUCGUUCGGUUACGGCCUAAUGGAUGCAGCGGCCAUGGUCCGUUUGGCACGCACCUGGAAAACCGUCCCGGAGCAGCAGGUCUGCGAAAUCAACGCUCGCCAUCUGGACAAACAAAUACCUCCCCGAACCAAAGUCACCAUGCAGCUGAUUGUGGAGCACUGCAUGGGCGUGAACUAUCUCGAGCACGUACAGGCCAAAAUCACCCUCACCUCGCAACGGCGUGGCGAUAUCAAAAUCUUCCUAACCUCGCCAUCCGGUACGCGAGUCACGCUGCUAACGCCAAGAUCCCACGAUUUGUCCCGGUCCGGGUUCAAUCAGUGGCCGUUCAUGUCGGUGCACACGUGGGGCGAAGCACCGCACGGCACCUGGCAGCUGGAGAUCCACAACGAAGGCCGUCUGUUAGCUCAAAUCACGCAGUGGGAUCUUAUUUUCUACGGCACGGAAACGCCUGCCCAACCGAACGAUCCGGUUCGAUUCGGCAAGCCCGGCUACGACAGCAACUUUGGCGGUGAAAUGGAACACAACGCGCUGGAAUUUGACAGUGGCGUGACGAGCGACCAGUGGCGAGAUAUGCAGCAAAUCGGCGAGGGACACAGCGAGGUGCAGCGAACCUCAUCGAACGACGUGACGGCGGUCUCCUGCGCACGGUUCGAUGCCGCCAGCUGCAUAGAAUGCAAACCGACCGCCUACCACUACAAAGGCCGCUGCUAUAUUCAAUGUCCACCGGGAACGUAUCCCUCGGCACCGCUCGCCUCGGAAGCGAACAGCACCGCCGGCCCAGCCCACCGACAAGCGGACAUCGACGAAAUGGCAACCAACUUCGGUCAGCGACCACUGCCACCAUCAUCUCUUCGACGACGCCGUGAGCAACAUGUGGUCCGUGAUGAUGAAGCCGAUGGGUUGAUGAGCAACGGUCCAACGAGCCGCCAACCGAACGCCACCAGCAGCAGCGCACAGCCUCCCCAAUGUCUCCAGUGCCAUACGACCUGCCUGAAGUGCGUCGGCCCGAAAGCGACCGAUUGCACCGAAUGUCAGGCCGCCUUCCGCUUCCAACCGAUUGCAUCCGGUGGCGAAAGUCGCAUUUGCGUGUCAAUCAACGACAAGCAGCGUCCACAGCAGCAGUUCACCUCCACGAACAACAAUGGGUCGGGUCGGUUGAAAACUGUCGAGUCCUCCACGGACCCAAGCAUCGCAUCGGGCCAGGAUACGACGACCGUCCCCCCACACAGCUACCUUCCGUCCGUGCUCUUUCUGGCCGGCGUUCUUGUGGUCGCAGUCGUCGCCAUUUACGUACUAUGGCUGCACUGCUUCCAGGGAACGCCCGGCGGUAUCAUCGGUGAUCUCACCGGUGUCACUGGUGGUGGGGGGGAUGGUGGAGACGGCGGCGGUGGUGGAGCAGGGGGUGGUAGUGCCGGGUUAGCCAGCAUUCGGUACGAUCGGGUGCGCACCAACGAGCAGGACGACCCGUACGAGGACGAUGAAAGUGCGUCCAGUGGCGACGAGGACGAGGACGACGGCGGUGAUCUGUUGUCCGUAUCGGCCACAAAAAUUAUGGCACCAAUCGAGCGGUAAAACGUAGUCGCGGAACACAAUCAGCAAGGUAGGAGCGCGCCUCAUGGGAGUAUGGGGGAAGUAAUAGUGGUGUGCCAGCACACACACACGCACACACAAUAGUCAUGGGUAGUUGCAAAUGUUUAGCCGAACAAACUACGGCGGGGAACAAAUAGAGGAAGAGCUCAGUGAUGUGUGUAUGUAAAUUGAUGCAGCUCAGGAAAUGGAGAGCUUCGAUUUCCACUUUUUUAAUGUUUAACGUGGCAUGUAAGCAAUAAAGGGAGAGCAAGCAAUCGUUUAAA